CUGCGCUCCAAACCGGCGUGAACUUGACCGCCUGGACCCAGCUGACCGGCCCGCUCGCGCUCCGUACCCAUGGCUGAAAGACUCUUUCGGCGCAGACCCUGGGGUCCCGAGCAGAUUCGCCCAGAUCCUGACCCCGAGUCCGACGGCCUGUUUGACAAGCCUCCCCCGGAAGAGCCCCCUGCUGCCCGCGCGCCCAAGUCCGCGGGCAAGAAGGCUGGUCGGCGCGCCGGGGGUAGGGCGCAAGGAGCCCGCGCCGGGCAGCCCCCGAAGGCCGCCGCGCGCCCCCCGCCCAAGGAGGAGGCGCCUCCACUGGACGAGGGCUUCUAUCUCGACCAUUUUCCGUACCUCUCCCUCUUUAUCUACGCAGCCAUCGCCUUCUCCAUAACCUCCUGCAUCUUUACCUAUAUCCAUUUACAGCUUGCCUGAUUGGUCAGGGAGGAACGGGGUGGGCGCAGGGCCGAGCGGGGAAGGAAAGAGAAUAAAGGGCUCAGCGUAUUGUGUUUUGGAGAAGCGCUGCACCCCUUUCACCUGGCUUUCGAUGCUUGUUUGUUUCCUUCUCUGUUAUUCCCAUCUUUGAUUAACUGUCCAUCAGUAGGAGAUCCAAAGUAUCUGUGGACAAUGAAGUAACGAUGUUCUUUGUACCUGCAGGUUGGGGGGUGGGGGCACAGUCAGCCCCCAACGUUCAGAAUUCCGGGGUGUGAUUGAACCCCGUUUGUAAUUAGGAUACUGUCCCUGGGCCCUAUCACUUUGUAACGUGGGGGCACGCGCAGGGAGCCCAUCAUUUUGUGUUUGGGAACGCAGAGAGCGCUCAACCUUCUGUUCAUUAAGGGAUAAGCUAGACCCAGGCAUGUGGCCUUCCAGAGAGAGCCCGGCAGGGAGGGUCGGCGCCCUGGCCCAGGCUGAGCUGGAGCCCUGUGAUGCUGCAUUGCCACCAAGAGGAGCCAGCUGUGCCCAGGAGUUGGCGCCGGCAGGAGGAGGAGGACAGGAGCGCGCAGCGGGCGCCGCCAGAGCACAGGACCCGACUUAACUGCCCUUGCUGGGCAGAGCCGAGACCCAUAGCUGGAGGAGCUGUUCCACCAGGAGGCCGCGCUCAGAAUGUGUCUGGAACUGCGUGGGACCUGUGGCUGCAGAACCUCUGGGCCGCGGACCUAGAGCUGGCGCGCUCCUCGUGAUGAGACUGUGAGGGUUCUGAUUCGGGUCCGUGAGAUGGUCCUCUUUGGGGACUCUGAAAUGGUUUGAUUCUAGCCCGGAGCUCUUCCAGAGCUGUGGACUCACGAUAAAGGGGUUGAGAGAUUUAUCAUUGACAAGAGCUUGUCCUGGAAAAUCGCCCAACCUCCAGGGGGCUUGUCAUCUCAGAUUCAAAAGGCUUAAUACGGGAACCCACUUUGGCAGAUUAUUCACCCACCUGUCAUCUCUAUUUACUCAUGAAUAUUGUGUCAAAACGCGGUACUCUAAACCUGUAUAUAACUUACUUGGAAAUGUCUGUAAUUGUGGUACCUCUGAUGGAAUAAAUCACCCCUUUUCCAGUCUCCUCUA